AUGGGCUCAGAGGCACCCUCAUCUCCUCAGGUGGUUGAGGAAGGAGCGGAUGAGGAGUUGAGCGGGGCCGAAGAUGCAGACCUUAGGGCCUCCUCUGGGAGGGGGUCCCUCUUGACCAGGAGAGGCAUCACACUGAGAGUCCUCUUAAAGGAUGGUCUCGUGGAGCCUGGAGACGGCAUUCUGUCCAUACACUACCUGGGUAAAAAGUUUGUUGGAGAUCUUUUGAAUGAUGGGAAGAUUCGUUGGGUGGAGACUGGGCAGAUCUUUAACUCUCCAAGUGCUUGGGCAACACAUUGCAAGCGUCUAGUGAACCCGGCCAAGAAGUCUGGCUGUGGCUGGGCCUCGGUGCGCUACCGGGGACAGAAACUGGUCCAGUACAAAACCACCUGGCUACACAAAUACCAGCCCAGUGCUGACAUGAGUCUGGUAAGUGAAGGAGAAGAUGAUGAGAUGGGAGAUGAUGAAGAAGAGCAAGGGAAAACAACCAUACCAGUAGAAGACAAGAAUAAAAAGUCCAAACCUGAGCUGCACGUUAUUUCCUGUUUGUUUGUUUUUUCUCCAGACAGAGAGAGAAUUCCAGUCAGGUAUUGCACUCUUGGCACCCGAGAUGCUGCAAGGGAUCCUCACACUCUCGUAGAACUGUCUGCCUUUUCUGCGAUCAACCGCUUCCAACCUUUCAGUGUAGCAGUGUCCAGCAACGUUCUGCUGCUAAUGGAUUUUCACUGUCACCUGACCACAAGUGAGGUGGUGGGGUAUUUGGGAGGCCAAUGGGACACUAACACACAGUUGCUUACAGUCUUGAGGGCGUUCCCUUGCCGUACACAGCUGGCAGAUAGACACACCGCUCCAGCUGUCGAAGAAGAGAUUUGCCAAAAUCUCUUCAUGCGGGGACUGUCAUUGGUGGGAUGGUAUCACAGUCACCCACGAGGUCCCGCCCUUCCGACUCUGCAGGACAUCGAUUCACAGAUGGAUCACCAGCUCCGCCUACAAGGCAGCAGCAAUGGCUUCCAGCCCUGUCUGGGGAUUAUCUGUGGGCCCUAUUACCAAGGCAACCAAGGUGUGGCCUCCACCAUCACGCCAUUCUGGGUAGUUCCCCCUCCUGAGCAACGACCCAAUGAUUAUGGCAUUCCAGUUGCAGUAGAGGUCACAUAUGUGCAAGACACCUUCCUCACUACAGACGUGCUCAACGAGAUGAUGCUGUUGGUGGAGUUUUAUCGGUGUGCUCCUGACCUUGUGCAGUUCAGUCAGAAAUGGAGUCCUAAUACCUCAAUACUCGACAAAAUCAAGGCUUCUCUGAGUGGCCACGCACCCAAAGACCAGGCGUACGCACAGAUCCUGGAGCAUGUGUACAACCAACUGCGCAACACUCAGUGAACGAGCAGUGUACGUCUUUGUAUUUGUAUUAAGCUGUAGAACUGUUGACUUGGGACCUCCCACUCUGUGCAUUACGUCUGUGCACUGUUAUACUUUAUAUGAAAUGCCUUCAUGGAGGAUAUAUCAUAGAUGCUUCCAUCCAAACUGUUGCCUUUAGGACUGUUAGGUCUGUAUCACUGGCUGUGGUUUAUAUGAUUCUGUCAUAUCUGUGCUGUGAAACUUGUCUUCCUCUGUGGUUGAAACGUUUGGUGGGUAGUUAGGAAAGAGAAGAAGAUGGGUAACCGAGUUCUCUCUUUCGGCUAGUAUUUAUCUGUUUGUGUGGUUAGAUUUGUGCCAUGUUGACUACGCAAUAUGCAAACAAUGCCUUUUACCUGCUGAAUACCUUAAAAUAUACACUGGAACAAAUGAAA